GUCACGGCAGGUGAAUGAGGGUGAUGGCAGAGGUAGGAUGGAGAGCAGAAGCAUGUAGAAGCUAAAACACAGUAUUGAAGCAAUCCCUGUAGUGGCAGGCGCCAUUUUUUUAAGAGGGAGAGGUUAAUCAUGUCCAUCACUGUCAAUCUUAAGAGGAUAACCAACUUGCCUGGGAAAUAUGAUCGCAAGGUUGAGCUGUCUUUCAGAGGUUUUACACAUAAAACUAAGAUCCUUCAGUGUGAGAACAUCGCCAUCUUCAAUGAGCACUUCCGAUGGCCUCACUAUGGGAAGAUGGUCAGGGACGAGGUGCUGUCCAUCAGUGUCUUCAACUGCAGCAAGAUGUUCAGCCACCGGUUGCUGGGGAAACUGGUCAUCAGCCUGCAGCAUGUGGUGACAGCUGGGAGACUGGUGCUGAGGGAGCCUCUAACAGACGCCCAAUACAGCCUUACUGAUAUGUAUGUGGAGCUGGAUGUGAGGUACCACCCUGUGCAGGGUGCAGCAGGAGGCUGGGAGAGUGCAGACUUCCUGACUGUGGAGGAAGCAGACAAUUCUGCGUUGGUCAUCAGAAACUCAGGCUUUGAAGAACCGGGCCUUAAGCAGCCUGCGCGGCCCCAGAAGCUGGAUAAGGAGGCCCGUAUACUGGGCCGAAGCCUGAUCAGAACAGGUGAAGAGGACGACGAGGAUGAGGAUGAUGACUAUGAUGAUGAUUAUGACAUGGCUGAAAUGGAGUCUGCCAACAUCACCUUCACCCCCCUGCUCAGUCGCUGUCGGCCUUUGUCAAAACAUGAGCUCGCAGCCACACCCAAAGUGCAGACCUUUCAGGUGAAUGUGAAUGUGAUGGAGGCCCAGAAACUGGUGGGGGUGAACAUCAAUCCUGCCGUUUAUGUGCGGAUAGGGGAGGAGAAGAGGCACACGGCCACGCAGAAAUCCACCAACUGCCCCUACUACAAUGAGAACUUUAUGUUCGAAUUUCAAGAGACGCAGGAAGUUCUGUUCGAUAAAGUUAUUGAGAUCUCUGUUGUCCACAAAAGAAUGCUGGCCUUUCUAAUGUCACACAUUGGUACCUUCAAGAUUGACAUUAGCACCGUCUACAGUCAACCAGAUCAUCGGUUUUACCAAAAGUGGGCUCCUUUGAUGGACCCCAAUGACACACGGACUGGGGUCAAAGGUUAUGUGAAGUGCACGGUCAGUGUACUGAUGAAGGGGGACCCCAUGGGCAUGGCCAGCCUUCCUCCCGUCAGCAGCCAGAACGACGACAUCGAAAAGAAUCUUAUGCUGCCCAAGAGGAUGGCAGUGGAGCGUCCGUGGGCCAAGUUCCUCCUGAGGGUGUACCGGGCUGAGGGCCUGCCCAGCAUGACUGCAGGGUUCCUGGGCGGCUUCUCCAAGAUGAUGGGGGAGAAGAAGGUCUUCAUAGACCCUUACGUGCAGGUCACCUUCGCUGGACAACAGGGGGAGACGUCUGUGGAGAGCAACACCAACGCCCCGGAGUGGAACGAGCAGAUCUCCUUCAUCGAGCAGUUCCCGCCCCUCGCCCGACGCAUCAAAGUGCAGAUUCUGGACGACGCCAACUUCGGUGACAUCGCCGUGGCAACGCACUUCCUGGACCUGCAGCAGAUCUCCAACCCCAACAGAAAUGGGUUCAACCCGACGUUCGGCCCCUCCUGGAUCAACCUGUACGGCUCGCCCCGGAACUCCACGCUGCGGGACAUCCACCGCGACCUGAACGAGGGCCUGAGCCAGGGCAUCUUCUACCGCGGCCGCAUGCUCGUGUCCCUGGCCGUGGAGGUGUACUCCUCCCCCUCACCCGUGGCCGAGAGCAAAGGAGGUGGAGGAGGAGGAGCAGGAGGAGGGGUGCGCUCGGGGGUCAAGAGCGCCCUGGGGAAGUUGUCCAUGAAGCGCAAGAGCAAGAAGUCCAAGAAGAAGAAGAGAGAGCAAGAUGUGGAGAUGGGCCACAGUGGCCCUAGUGAAGACCUGGAGGAGGCUGGCUCAGAGGUGCCUGGAGCUGUCACUGUUGAAGUGGAGGAGAUCCAUCCUCUGCCACCGAACUUUGCAGGAGAGAAAGAAGAGUUCCUGUUGUUUGCAUCGCUUUUUGAGGUGACCAUGAUUGAUCCCAGUGUUGGCAGCAAACUGGUGACCUUUGAGCUAUCCAUAGGGAACUAUGGGAAGGCUGCGGACAUCGUGGUAAAAUCUAAGAAGAGCGCCGCCCCGCAGGAGGACCUGAGUGAGGACAGGCAGGCGCUGCUGGAGUCGGAGGACGAGCUGGAGAGGGAGGAGCUCCUGGAGCUCAGCCAGCGCGACAGAUCCGUCACCGCCCCCAAACGACCCCAGGCCACCGAGUAUGACAGAUCGUUCAGCUGUAUCCCGCUGUUUCAUGAGAAGCCCUGCAUCUACGUGUGGAACUACUUUGAGGACCACAGCUUUAGACUGUAUAGCAGCAACCUGCUUUGCAAAAUGGCUGACCGACUGGAGUAUGGCAUUGACGAGGUGGAGCGGCUAAUGAGAAGGCCUAAGAGCAAUGCUAAAGAGCGAUUAAUGGAGGUCUUUCUGGAGUUUGUGGCGAGUUCAAAACAGUACGUCGCAACCAGUGAGAGGAAGAGGCCGUCGCGACCCAACACCUUAGACAAAUGCAGACAGGAGUAUGUCAAGAAGAACAUUAUCUUGUUGGCUAAGCAGUCUCUGCGAGCCAGGAGAAGGACCACUAGACGCACGGCCAAGGAGAGGUUGGCAGACGCCAAGCGCAUCCUCAACAGGGUCCGCUUCCUGGCUAAAGAGCCCCAGAGCACCUUGCCGGACGUGUUCCUGUGGAUGCUGAGCGGGGGCCGGCGUGUGGCGUACGCCCGCAUCCCCUCCCACUCCCUCCUCUUCUCCCUGGUGGAGGAGGAGAGGGGCCGCGACUGUGGCAAGCUCACCACCAUAUACAUGAAGACUCCCGGUGCCCCUGUCGGCUCCAUCUUUGCCAAGCUGGAGGCGUACCUGUGGCUGGGCAUCACCAAGUACGCCAAGAACUGCACCAGCAGCCUGCCAGAGGAGUUUAGGCCCGUUUACCAGGAGGCAGUCUUUGGCACCGCCAUCCCUGCCAACAUGCCCCCCAGCACGCUGGCGGUGGAAGACAGUCGCUACUUCCAGUUGAGGGCUCACGUCUACCAGGCGAGAGGCAUCAUCGCCGCGGACGACAACGGCCUGUCUGACCCCUUCACCAAAGUCGUCUUCUCCACUCAGUGCCAGCUCACGCGGGUGAUGGAGGAGACUCUGUCCCCGACGUGGUGUGAGUUGCUGCUGUUUGAGCAGAUCCUGAUGGAGGGCAGCAAGGAGCAGUUCCGAGACGACCCCCCGGUGGUCAUCAUCAACAUCUACGACUACAACAAACUGGGAAGUCCGGUGUCUCUGGGGCGAGCGUUUGCCUGCCCGGAGCUGAAGUACGUGGAGGAGGCCUACAAGAGGCCCAUGCUGCGCUUCUUCGACAUCACCAAGGGCAAGGUGAAGGCCGGGGAGCUGCUGGCUGCCUUCGAACUCAUCGAGCUGGAUUACGCCAGGCUGGGAGAGCCCUCACUGCCAGCGGAUGUGGAGCCACGAGAGCCGGAGUUCCUAUUGGAGGAGAGGUGCUACAUCAUCCCUGAGGGGGUGCGGCCUGUUCUGCGCAAAUUCAGGAUUGAGGUGCUGUACUGGGGCCUGCGGGAUCUGAAGCGGGUGAACCUGUUUGAAGUGGAGAAGCCUCAGGUGCGCAUCGAGUGUGCGGGACAGAUGAUUGAGUCGGAGGAGAUGGAGAGCUACAAACAAAACCCCAACUUCUCCGAGAUGGUCAAGCACUUUGAUGUGGAGCUGCCAGAGCUGGUGUACCUGCACCCUCCGCUCACCGUCUUCGUGAUGGAGCAGCGGGCGUUCGGCCGCCUGGUGCUGGUGGGGUCCCACGUGGUGCAGAGCCUCAUGCACUUCGCACCCAGAAACCUGGAGGAGUGGAGGGAGGAAGAGGAGGAGGAGCAGCCAGAACCAGCUGAGAGGUUGCCUGCCAAGACCCCUCUCCAGUCUGUGAUAAACAUGGAUCUCGGGGGACUGCCCCUGAAAGACACCAAGAUACCCAUCAACCCCAUCAACUUGGUCAUGGCUCCACUGAAGAAGGUGAAGAAGAAGGAGGAGGAGCUGGAGGAGGAAGAACCGGACAAGGAGGAACUCGAUUGGUGGUCCAAGUACUACGCAUCACUGGCAGAGCUUGAGAAGCAGGAGGAGAAGGACCUGGAGGAUAUGGAAGAGCAACAAGAAGCAGAGGGAGGGAACCUCAACCUGUCGUCUCUGGAUGCAGAGGAUGCUGAGGCGGUGGCCGUGGACAUCAUAGAGCCUCCCAAGCCAAAACGCAGGAAGAUCGCCACACUACAGCUGUAUAAGACGGAGCUGGAGGAUGAGUUCAGUCAGUUCAUGGACUGGCUGCACAUCUUCCCCAUCUACAAGGGCAAGUCCAACUUUGAAGAGGAGGAGGAGGACGAGAGCGAGAGGAUGAUGGGAAGAUAUAAGGGUUCAUUCCUGAUCUACCCUAUCUCAGAGGAGGAUGAGGAUGAGGAUGGUCAGAUCACCAAUGGCGUCCCGAAAAACGCUCCCAUGAAAGUGCUUGUGAGGGUUUAUGUGGUGAAGGCUACAAACCUGUCCCCUGCUGACGCCAAUGGGAAGGCGGACCCCUAUGUGGUGGUGAAGGCCGGAGAGCAGCAGAUGGACAGCAAGGAGCGCUACAUCCCCAAACAGCUCAACCCCGUCUUUGGAGAAGUAUUUGAGCUGACGGUGUCCUUCCCGCUGGAGACGGAGCUGACCCUGCUGGUGUAUGAUCAUGACCUGGUGGGCUCGGACGACCUGAUCGGGGAGACGCGCAUCGACCUGGAGAACCGCUUCUACAGUCGGCACCGCGCCGGAUGUGGCAUCGCACUGCACUACGACAAGGAUGGCUACAAUAAGUGGAGGGACGCCAAGAAGCCAUCGGCGCUGCUGGCAGAGUUGUGCCGCAAGAACGGGAUUCCCUCCCCUGAGUACCGCGACGCAGAAGUCAAAGUGCUGAACAAAAUAUUUAAAGUUCCCCCGGAGGCUUUCCCCGAGGAUCUGCUGAAGAAGAACAAGAAGACGGAGGAGGACUUUGCUGAGCUGGAUGAGCAUAAGGCCCUGAGCGUGCUGCACCACUGGGGGGAGAUGGGGGAGUUCUGCCUCACCGCCUACCCAUUGGUGCCCGAACACGUGGAGGUCCGCUCCCUCCUCAACCAAGACAAGCCUGGCCUGCCACAGGGCUAUGUGCAUAUGUGGGUGGACAUGUUCCCUGUGGAUGUGCCCGCUCCACCACCAGUCAACAUCAAACCCCGCCUCCCCAUCAGCUACGAGCUGAGGGUGAUCAUCUGGAACACUGAUGAUGUGGUGCUGGAUGAUGUCAAUCCCUUCACUGGGGAGCCCUCCUCGGACAUUUACGUCAAAGGGUGGAUCAAAGGUCUGGAGCACGAGAAGCAGGAGACGGACGUGCACUUCAACUCCAUGACGGGCGAGGGCAACUUCAACUGGCGCUUUGUCUUCCACCUGGACUACCUGCCCACGGAGAAGGAGAUCACCUACAAGAGGAAGGAGUCCCUCUUCUCCCUGGAGGAGUCCGAGUUCAGGCAGCCGCCCGUGCUGGUGCUGCAGGUCUGGGACUACGACCGCAUCGCCGCUAACGACUUCUUAGGCUCCAUCGAGCUGCGUCUCAACGACAUGGUGCGCGCCGCCAAGUCCUCGGAGCAGUGCAGCGUGAAGAUGGCCAAGGACAAGGCCACGCCGCGCUUCUCCAUCUUCCGCAGCAAGAGGAUGAAGGGAUGGUGGCCGCUCAUCAAGCUGAAGAGCCAGGAGGACAUCGAGAGGGAAGAGAGGGAGGCCGAGGAGGAGAGGAAGAAGAAGAAGAAGAAAAAGAAGAAGGGGAGUAAGCGCAACAAAAUGAAGCCGGAGGAUCUCCAGUUUGUGGACAGCGGCGGGAACACCUUCCUGCUCAUGGGAAAAGUGGAGGCAGAGUUUCAGCUAGUUACCCUGGAGGACGCUGAGAAGAACCCUGUGGGCAAAGCUCGCAAGGAGCCGGAGCCACUUGAGAAGCCAAACCGGCCCAAGACAUCGUUCAACUGGUUUGUGAACCCCAUGAAGACCUUUGUGUUCUUCAUCUGGAAGAAGUAUAAGAAGUACAUCAUCGCUCUUGUCAUCCUGGCCAUUCUUGCCCUCUUCCUCUUCCUCAUCCUCUACACCCUCCCCACACACAUCAGCCAACUCAUCGUCAGUGGAUGAUGAUGAUGUUGAGAGAGAGAGAGAGAGAGAGAGAGAGAGAGAGAGAGAGAGAGAGAGAGAGAGAGAGAGAAUAAGAACAAAUGUAGAAAAAAAAAUGUUUUGUUUCCAAAUGACUACAGUUGGCAAACUGCUGACAAAGCAAUAAUCAUUGCCAUUUACAGUAGAAUGUCACAGCUAAUAGAUAAAGAUAAUAUAUUUAUAUUCACCCAGCAGUUUUGUUGAAUAAUAACCAUUUGCACUAUAUCCUUAUACAAUACUCACAAUGUACAUUUAUAUUC